GAGAGAUCGGCCGUGUGCGUCUUGCGUGUUGAGCUCAGGUAAAGUCAGUUCUAAGCAAAAAAAGGAAAAAAGAAAGCAGAUAUGCCAAUUAUGCUGGAGGAAAGGCCGAGAUAACGCCGUAAGGAGGCAGCAGCCGCAGUGCCGUGGUUCUCCUGGCGUUGUUGGUGCCCGUUUCAUAGAAAGAUGGCUUCCCUCUCGACUCCAUUGACGUCUUAUCCCAAGCUCAGGACAGCCUCUGCGCCGGUGAAUCUGGUCUCCCACCGUGCCGUUGUACUGAAGCCAACAGUUGGCGCAAAGUGCAGCAACGUGGUCGCGGUGCCAGGAGUGGUGUGCAGGGCCGUCACGACGAAGCAGCAGCAGACGGAAAUCGAGGGACUCAAUGUCGCUGAAGAUGUCACGCAGUUAAUAGGGAAGACACCAAUGGUUUAUCUGAACAACAUUGUCAAGGGAUCAGUUGCAAAUGUUGCUGCAAAGCUAGAGAUCAUGGAGCCUUGCUGCAGCGUGAAGGAUAGAAUAGGUUAUAGUAUGAUAGCUGACGCAGAACGAAGGGGAGAAAUAACACCAGGAAAGAGUGUCUUGGUGGAAGCAACUAGCGGGAAUACUGGUAUUGGACUUGCAUUUAUUGCUGCAGCAAAGGGAUACAAACUGAUUUUGACCAUGCCCACGUCAAUGAGCUUGGAAAGACGAGUUCUUUUGAAAGCUUUUGGUGCAGAGUUGGUUCUCACUGAUGCUGCUAAAGGAGUGAAAGGAGCAGUUGACAAGGCAGAGGAGAUUUUAAAUAGUACUCCUAAUGCUUACAUGCUUCGGCAAUUUGACAAUCCUGCAAACCCGAAGAUUCACUAUGAGACAACUGGUCCUGAAAUAUGGGAUGAUACACGAGGGAAGGUUGAUAUAUUUGUGGCUGGGAUUGGGACUGGUGGUACUAUUACUGGUGUUGGUCGUUUUCUCAAAUCUAAAAAUCCUAACGUAAAGGUUAUUGGUGUGGAGCCCUUGGAGAGCAACAUACUUUCUGGAGGAACACCAGGUCCACACAAGAUUCAGGGCAUAGGAGCAGGUUUUGUGCCUAGGAACUUGGAUCUGGAUAUACUUGAUGAAGUCAUAGAGAUAUCAGGUGAUGAAGCCGUAGAAACUGCAAGGCAACUGGCAACCCAAGAAGGCUUGUUGGUUGGAAUUUCUUCUGGUGCAGCAGCUGCAGCUGCCAUGAAGGUAGCCAAAAGACAGGAAAAUGCAGGGAAGCUUAUUGUGGUUGUCUUCCCAAGCUUUGGUGAAAGAUAUCUUUCCUCUGUCCUCUUCCAAUCGAUAAGGGACGAAUGUGAGAAAAUGCAACCUCAACUCUGACAGGCUUUUUUUUUUGUUCCUUGUUGUUUUAUCAUUGCGACCAACUUAUUAUCAUAGAGAUUCAAAAUAAGAUUUUUGAGGAACUUUUGGAACCCGCCAAAUUGACUAGUUUUGCUGCACAUAACAAAGCGUUUUCUGGGACCUUGAAUAGAUCUGCAUCCUUGAACAGGUGAAUGUUAUCAUGCUAUGAUAAUGAAUAUUUAUUCAUAUAGAAAUUGCAGUUGUAGAUUUUA